UUAAAUGUCAAAUCAAACUGAUGUAAUUUGUCAUGUGUUUUUGUGUUUUUGGUAAACUUAUUUGAAUUUUAGCCGCAAAAUGUCUAAAUUGCGUCCUAUAUUGAAUCUAUCCUACUGCCGGUAUUACAGUGUAAAGCAGGCUAAAAAGAAACUCCCUAUAAUAACAUGUAAACGGCCGGAAUUUAAUCAUUAUGAAGGUCAGAGUUACAGUAAGUUUGACGGGAUUCCUCUGGCUUCUAAGGGUUGGAUGAGUAAAAAAUCGAAGAACGAUUACUUUAUUAUAUACGGGAAUGCAAAUCAGAAGGAAGAAAAGCCGGUUUACAAGAAGAGUUUCGAAGAAAUAGGAGUUUCUCCUGCUUUGAUUGAGGUUAUGUCAGAACAAGGGUUUUCUUUGCCGACUGCUAUUCAAACGAAGGCAAUUCCUUCUAUAUUGAGUGGUACCAACACUGUAAUGACUGCAGAGACGGGUUGUGGGAAGACGUUGGCGUAUUUGUUGCCAAUAUUCCAACAUAUAUUGGAAUGGAAACCGAGCAUUAAAGAAGAGUUUAACAGUCCUCUAGCUGUUGUUAUAACUCCGAGCAGAGAGUUGGCGACACAAGUAGGAGAAGUGGCUCAAAACAUGGCUCAGCGUUUAAACCUCAACGUAACCACCCUCGUAGGGGGUCGUACAAAACAGAAGAUGUUGAACCCACCAAUAGAAUACUGUGACAUUCUCGUCACUACGCUCGGUGCAUACAGCAAACUGGUUUCAACUGGUAUUUUCAAGAUCAAUAAUGUUCAUCACAUGGUCCUUGAUGAAGCAGACACCUUGUUGGAUGAUAGUUUCAUUGACAAAGUUUCACAUUUAUUGAAGAAAUUCCCGAUCCAACAUAAAGUCCAGAUCCAGACACCACCGGUGGGCUGUCAGAUAACACUAGUGAGUGCGACCAUGCCCCACGAGCUACCUGCAGCCGUGAGCUCCUUCGUGGACCCCGAGUCUUUGAAGACAGUCACCACCAGCAACAUACAUAGGAUACUGCCUCAUGUUCCACAUAAAUUCCUACGACUCGGUAAAGCACAGAAACCAGUAGAACUACUCCGUCUAGUUCAAGCAGAUAUGAACCAGAAUCGUCCAGUCAUGAUAUUCUCCAAUAAGACUUCUACUUGCGACUUUGUAUCCAUGUUUCUGAACGAGAAUAACAUCGAAUGUAUUAAUAUAAAUGGAAAGAUGGCUGUUGCUUUAAAAAUGGGAAAGUUUGAGCUGUAUAAGAGUGGCAAGGUCAAUGCUCUGUCUUGUACUGAUAUUGCUUCGAGAGGAUUGGAUACUUUGAGGACACAACAUAUAAUAAACUACGACUUUCCGCUGUACACCGCCGACUAUAUCCAUCGCUGCGGGCGCACGGGCCGCAUAGGCUCGCCCAAAGACUGCCUCAUCACAAACUUCGUGGCCUGGCCGCGAGAAAUAGAACAGGUGCAGAAGAUAGAACUCUCAGUUAGAAAGCACAGCGACUUACCUUCAGUUAACGCUAAUAUCAGGCGGAUUAUUGAAGAAAGGGUAGUUAAAAUGGCUGGAAUUUUGUAAGUAAGUGUACUGAUCAUUCUCACUCUUCAUUCGGAGCUGCGGACGACGUAAAAGGUUACCGGGGCUCCGGCUCAAAGCAGGAGAAGGAAUUGGGUAGUUUUUAGUCAGUAUGAGUCUGACUCUCGCCUCUCGCCUCACCCAAGGCGGGAGAAGUAAUUAGAUGAUUUCCUUUAAAAAAAAAGUGUAUGGAUCAUACUAAUUGAAUUAUGUAGCAUUGUUAUGUAGAUAUGUAUUGUAUAUCUAAAAUGUAUUUCGUGUGUAAGUUUAGUGUAAUAAAUUGUUUGUUACAAAUCUA